AUGGUGGCUCUUGAACUGAAGGAGAAGGGGAAUUUGAUGGAGCUAGUCGAUCCAAGGUUGGGAUCAGAUUUCAACGAAGAAGAGGUGAUUAUGACGAUUAAUGUAGCCCUCCAAUGUGCAAAUGUCUUGCCAGCAGUUAGACCUACCAUGUCUUCAGUGGUUAGCAUGCUUGAAGGCAGAACGUUUAUUCAGGAAAUUGUUUCUGACCCACCCAAGGAAACGAGCCACCACCAACAUGUCCAUGCAACAAGCAUCACUGACAGUCUGGUUCACAAUAUGUCAAACGAUGGACCGUGGACCUCUUCCUCCACAUCUGCUGCUGAUCUCUACCCUAUCAAUUUGGAUUCUGAAUACUGGAAAAACAGGAAUUAG